AUGUCGGUCAACAUUGAGCCUCAGGAGCUUAAUUUUCGGCGUCCCUUCACCGUCGAGGUUUCGCAGACCUUAACCAUUAAGAACCCGACAUCGACGCCUCUUGCCUUCAAGGUCAAGACGACGGCUCCGAAGCAAUACUGCGUUCGACCCAAUGCCGGCCGCAUCGAGCCAGGCCAGGACUUUGACGUCACGGCGACAGUCCUCCUGCAAGCGAUGAAGGCGGAUCCUCCGCAUGAUACCAAAUGUCGAGACAAGUUCCUCGUCCAGUCGGCGCCCAUUACGUCCGACAAAGAUUUUGCAAGCAUCGCUUCCGUGCUCGAAUCGACGGACAAGAGCCAUAUUCAAGAGCGAAAGAUCCGUGUCAAUUGGAUGGCCGCCAACGGCAGCCAUGACCAAGCUUCCGCUACCGCGCAGCCCGUCAUGGCAACUCCCAAGAGGCAGUCGAUCGUCAACGGGCGAAUGAACGAAACCCCCGAGGCAUCGCGCACGUACUCGUCUCCCAAAACCAAUGCCGACUCGACGCCCGGCUCUGCCCCGCCUUCGUACACACCUGAAGACACCCGAGACGAUGACGACGGCAAGUCGGACCGUCCCAAAUCGGCCGUCUCCCAAGCCGUCACGGCCGUGUCCGACUCCGCCCAAGCUACUUACGAGGAGCUCAAGACGAAGCUGGCCCAAGCCGAGGCUCAGGUAGUGAUGCUCAAGGACAGCGGGCUUCGCCAGCGCAAUGUCAAGACAGCCGGCGGCGACGAGAAGCGGGCGAGCGGUCCCGUCACCCAGGCUGUCAAGCAGGCCGACGGUGUGCCUGUACCAAUUGUGGCGAUUCUCUGCCUGCUGAGCUUUCUCCUGGCCUACUUUUUCUUUUGA